AUGAAGAUUGAGUAUGUUUGUGAGCGGAAAGAACGGGAGAAAACUUCAAAGGAUUUUAUUUAUAUCAAUUAUCGAAAAGUCAAAACUCAGGAUGUUCUCGGAUACUUCAUUUUUCUAAAUACUGCAGUUGGUGCAAAAAUUGAGAAGAUUACAACAAGAAGGUUAUGGAUGUUGAAAAAUGAAUUCAUGCUCAGACUUCACGACCUCAUUCAUUCUCAACUAAUCGGGUGCAACGGAACUCAUAUCGAAUCUUUAAUAGGCUUGGAGGAAGCAUGUGAUGGGUGUGUGAAGUGUUCUAACAUUGCCAAGAAGUGUCUCGAGUAUGGUCCAUUAAGAUUCAGUACACUACAAACUAUGACUUAUUCAAAGAACUACAAGAAACUGCAUGUAACUGAUAAACUAUUCGAAGACAUUGCAGAGUACUGCAUCUCUAAGUCAAAAAACAAAGAAGAAUGUUUCAAAGAACUGGAUAAAACUAUUCUUCCAGUAAUUUCUUGUGAUACACUUUCUAUUUGGAUCAAUGAGACCAGAGUUUUCCCGGAUGAAGUGGAAGGUCUUGAGUAUGACCAUCGUCAUAUGCCACGAGAAGUUAUAGAUAUGAUUCUGAGGAAAUGGAGUGUAAAAUCGAUUCAACUCAAUAUGAUAUAUUUCACGAAUGAAGGGAUGUGCAGUGUCGACUGGUUACAGUAUAACUAUUUCACUCGAGUCAGACUAAAUGAUCCAUAUUUCAAAACUCAGAAGUCUCCAGAUCUAAAGUUCACUAAUGUCGAUGUGGAAAUGUCGGAUUCGAUCUAUUGUGUGAGAGAUCUAGGCGUUCGUUAUCCAAAAUACAAAUCUCCGAGAGGAUAUGCCAACUUCAUUCCAAAUAUCAGAAGAUUAUUCCCAACUGACAAAAUAUCGAUGGAUCUGUCUCAUUGGUGUUGUAUAGCCAAUGAUGAUAUCGAGAAGAAGAUGUCGACUAUAUUGUACGUGGUCUCUAUGGAACAACCUCAGAAUUUGAUUGUGGAUAUCAAAUUUUUUGUGGAAUCAGCAAUUGUCAAAAAACUCAAUGAGGAGACAAAAAAAGAAGAAUUGUUUGGAAUUGCUCCAAAAUAUAAUUUCAGAAAACAUUGUUUGCAAUGUUAUAAGAAAUGUCUACCGUUUGAAGUGAAACUAGGUCCGGAUGCAUUUGAUUCGGAGAAGUGGAUUGGAAGAAGAUUUCAAGUUGAGGAUACUUUCAAUCAAUUCAUUUUAAAUCUGGAUGUUUAUAUCAAGGAAAAGGAGUUGGAAGAUGUGUUUAAUGAAAAACUGCUACAGGAAUAUCCCAAUUCAUUUGUUGGUCUCUUUUACAAUUAA